GAAACUCUGAUUUCGCGUACUUUCAGAAGGCUGGUGGCCAUGGAACGGGGUGCUCGGGUGAUUUAACCGACAACAACACAGUGACGGACAUUACCUACACGCCUGAAGAAGAACGCUCCUUCUUGCUAGAGCUGUUCCAUGCAACUGGUGGUCGUUGGUUCUGGAUAAUUAAAACAGAAUGGGGGGAGGAGAGCAACAUUACUCAUUGCAAAUGGUUUGGUCUAGAAUGUUACAAGAACAGUACUUAUGUAAAAUUUAUCGAUCUAACCGAAAACGGGUUAGAUGGCCAACCGCCAAAUUUUUGGAGAUUUCGGAAUUUACAAGGGAUAUGUUUGUCUCGUAAUAAACAUAUGACUGGGCAAAUAUCUAAUGUAGUAUCCAGAAAUAUGACCCGGCUUCGACGCCUAUGCGUCUCAUUUUCAGGAAUGUAUGGUUCUGUGCCCUGGAGUCUUAUACUACAGCUUUACAAUCUUGAAAAGUUACAAAUAUGUUGCAUGCAUACCGGACUAAACGGCAGCCUGCCACAAGAUAUUGGACGAUUAAGCAAACUUCAAGUUUUUAGUAUAGGUGAAAACGGCAUCAAAGAUGUUCAUCUACCAUUGAGCAUCGGAAAGCUAACAAAAUUGUGGUUUUUGGACUUAGAAUAUGUGAGUUUCAGGUCAGGAGAACUGUGGUAUUUCAAUAAUAUGACUCAACUGCAGUACUUACAACUGACAAAUUGCGGACUAAAAGGAACGCUGCCUAAAGAGUUUGGACACACCCAUCCCAAUAUCAUUGAGCUACGGCUAUAUGGAAAUAAUCUGAAGGGCGAGCUACAUUCGUGUUUUCUCGGUUUCAAAAAGAUUACUCAGCUAUCCUUAGGAUCAAAUCUCUACUUACAUGGCUUGUUCCCGAGUGCAUUAACCAAACUCGAAACGCUCCAGGUACUUGACUUAUCCGGGAAUAAUUUCACAGGUUUUGCCAAAAAUAUGACUUUCAACAAACAGCUACAAACACUGUAUAUUGAUCGAAAUGUCAACCUCAAAGUUGAGGGUAACCUUCUUCUACAAGCAUUACAGCCUUGCAAGGAUCAACUGCGCAUGCUGGUCGCACGAAACUGUGGACUGAAGGGAAAUCUGUCGAAGACCCUUUGGAACUUUGACAAAAUUAUGUACAUUGACCUCAGUCAAAACAAUCUGACUGGACACAUCCCGAAAAAUGGUCAUUUCAGUAUGGCUUAUCUAUUUUAUCUCACUUUAGCAUCGAAUAAUUUAUCAGGCGAUUUAUCUAAGAGUUUUUUCGCGCCUUUAGAAACACUGACAUACUUGGACCUUCGGGGAAACCGGUAUAUGAAAACCAAGGCCCCUUUGCUAAAUGAGUACUUGAAUGCCACAUUUACGGAGACCUUGCAUAAAGAUACAUUUACUUGCCCGACGUUACGAUUAACAAGCUCAGGUGGGAGAGCUGAUGUAGACCCGGAUUAUUAUGGAUAUAGACUGUGCUUUUGUAACAGAGGGUACUAUGGAUUUAUGAAAUACUGCAAGCUUUGUAUGAAAGGCGCUUCCUGCGACGUGGAAGCAUCACCCACGCAAAAAUUUAAGGAAGUAAUCGAAGUUAAGAUGACCAUUGAAAAGGGAUAUUGGCCGUGUUGCGGAAAUGGUACUAACGUUACUCGUAUGAUUAAAUGCAAUUACCAAGUGGAAAAAUUUGAUGAUGAAAUUUGCAGCCCGUCUGGAAAAUGCAAGUGCCAAUUAAACCAACUCAACGGUCACCUACAAACCUCGUGUGACACGUCAUGUAUAUGUCGCUAUGGCAACAAGGGACGCUUUUGUUCUCAGUGCAAGGAUGGCUACUACAAGAAAGGCUCGUUGUGCAUUACGUGUCCCAAAUUCCGUAAAAACUUUCCGGUUGUAUUAACUGUUUGCUUUGUGUUGUGUUUGGUUGGCUCUAUUGCAUUGUUGGUUUGUUUGAGAUACCGCAAAAAGCUUGUUCUCAUUCUAAUAUUUGCUUUAGCGAUAACUCUUAUAGUCUUGCACUACAAUAACAUAAUCCCAGGAUGGUUUUUUGUCAUAAUAUUUGCAGUUUGGAUUUUAGGUCUUUCUGGGGCUAGCGAGAACUUAGAAAGCUUUCUGUCCAUUGCAGUGUUCUUUUUUCAAUCUCUUGACGCCAUGCUUUCAGACGCCAACAUUUGGCCGAAAACAAUAGUUCUGCUAAAAUAUCAAAUCACAAAUGCGUUUAAUUUUGCAAUUUCUGAACUCACGUGUAGUUUUUCCGAUGCAAAUCGUCCUGAAGUUAGCUUCGCCGUAAUUUUGUUACUUCCCGCCACGGGUAUCUUUCUUAUAUGGCUGUUGCAUGGCUUGUCGAAAACUACUAGUCAGUUUUGCCGGCAAAAUUCAAUCAUUCCAAGUUCUAUAUGCAAACGAUUAAGUAUUCAAAUACUCUUAUUCGUGUACUUUCCUAUUACUGCCAAAACUUUUCAGGCAGUGUUACCUUGCGAACAUCGUGACGGAUUGUCGUAUUUGAAAGUCACGCCAUGGUUAGACUGUAAUGGUACCUCUUACAACUGGCUGGUGGCUUUAGGGUAUGUUUCAUUGGUGGUAUUUGUUAUCGGCGUGCCUCUUUUUGUAUUUGCUCCUCUGCUCUGCAAAUACGUAGACCAUCACGGCAAGGCUGUUUCAGAAGAAACGAACAUUUGGUUGAAACCUUUGUACGAAGAAUUUAGGACGCCAUACCGCCGCUAUUUCCCGUUGGUUUUUCUCGGCCGUCGUCUCUUACUUGCCGUGUUUCUUACCGUGGUUCCGACUACCUCGUCUUACCAGGUUAUAGGUAUAACCCUUCUUCUGGUUAUCUCUAUAGUUAUAACCUUAAUUUUCAGACCGUUCGAAAAAUACUCGGAGAGAUUCGAGUUUGAAACCUUGGCUGAUGUGAUCGUUUCUGUUGUUUUGUUGUUGUCGUUUGUCGGCUUAGCGUUGUUACGAGUUUCUGCGAAAUUUGAUAACUCCCUUGUGUGGUUGAUCAUUUCUAUGAAUUGUGUUGUGGUGUUAAGUUGCGUUGUAGGUAUGCUCGUGUUGUUUGCUGUCAAUCUAUGCAAGUCCCCGGGCAACGUGCAGCCUGAAAAUGUUCAGCAAUACGGGCAGAUUCCAGAUUAGAAAUGUUAACGUACAUUAUGUUCGUGAGAACAAGGUGUGGGACUAUAGAGAGCGCCGACAACAAAACAAAGAAAACAUUUUGAAAUUGAUGACUACAAGAAACAUUUAUAUAGUGUAAAGGCCAUAAGUAUAGACUAAUCUAUGUAUAAAGCACAUAAGUGUAGACUCUAGUAAAAUUAAAGGCCCUGUCACACUAUUGCGUAUGAGAGAAACGUAUGAGAAGCAUGUGAAAUUAAUUAAAUAAUUUUCAUAUGGAAAAAUUAAAAUUACAAAAAUCCCUUGAAAUUCCAGCGUAUGAGUACCAUACAUCUGGUAUACCUUUAUAGCGUAUUCAGCGUGUGCCACUUAGAGUACGCUUAUCGUAUAAACCCAGAUACGUCCGAAUACGCACAAAAAUUUUAAGCAUGCUUAAUUAAAAUAAUGUUUCUGUCUCGGCGUGUGAGUGACAUUUUUCACCCGAUUGCAUACGCUAGUACAGGUAACGAUGCGCAAUAGUGUGACAGGGCCUCAAAAACUCCGCACGAUAAUCACUUGUGGAAAGGGAAGGGAACCUCAAAUUACACGUUGCCGUUGGCCAAAUUUAGCCAAUUAUCUUCCACUCUUGCGGGCUCACUCAGCGGACAUCUUGCUCAAAAUUACCGUGCAGUUAAUUAUAAUUACCAGAGUGAGAAAAUAUUGUUAUUAAUAAUUCAUUUCAUUUGAUAUUUUAAACCCGACUAUAUGAGGACUGGACUAGAUUUCAAGUCAAUAUUCUUCAUUAGGUAUCCAGUAUUAUCAUGUGAGCAAAAUAAGGCAAUUUAUUAUAUAUCAAUAGUCAAAGUCGCAUUUUUCUAGUGUUUUAUUGGUUGGAGCAUAUCACGUGAGAGUGACGAAAUUAGACUGUCUCCCUCGCAACAGCGCGACAGGGAAACAAUACGUUAUCGACCGGCGAAUAACAAAAAAAAAAUCAUGUGCGCCAUCACGUGAAGAUGCGACUCUUGAUAAUCGGUCACCCGCAACCUGCUGAGCACAAAGCGUUGAGUUUCAGCUCGAUUGGCCCAAUAGUUCGUGAGUGUAGCCAGUGGCAGUGUUUAAUAUAACGUUUUGGCAAUAAAAUAUUUCAUGUAUUUACAUUAAUAAUUACAAUAUUUAGUCAGGGGGUCCACUCACGGAAGUGAUUUUCAGUGGAGCCCUGAUAAAAAAAAAAAGAAUAAAAAUAUAAAACUAACAAAAGUGAAUAUAUGAAAAGUUAUAUCGUAUAAAGUUCUUGCGCAUCCAAUCGGUUCGGUAGUGAGUCCUAUGGCUAUGUAGCUAAAUGUUUCUUUAGUUUAGUUUUAAAUUAAAAGUUUUAAUUUGCUGUAUAUUUCGGAUUUCCACUGGCAGACUAUUCCAGUCGUUGGCAGCAUGGUAGCUGAAUGCCUGCUUCCCCCAGUUCUUCUUGACGCGUUCCAUAUGUAUGUUCUGUUUGUUUCGAGUGUUGUAGCUGUGGAUGUCAGAGGAGAACUUGAAAUUAAAUUUAAAAUUGAUGUCAUUGUUUAAACACUUGUGCAUGAUUAGACAACGGUGAAGGUGUCUACGAGUUGCUAACGGCUGCCAAUUUAACGAUCGUAGGGAUUCUGAGGCUGACGAGAGUGGAUGAGCGUCAAGAAUGAUUUUAGCGGCCUUGUUGUGAAGAACUUGAAGGUGGUUCAUCAGGACAGAGUUGUUUUUAUCACCCCACACAAAAUCAGCGUAGUCAAAGAUCGGCAUGACAAGGCUGUUUACUAGAGUACGACGAGAUUCAACAGUUAGGAGGUGUUUAACUCUUCGUAUGAUACCAAGACGUUGAUUAACUUUGGUAAAGAGUGCUUCAAUAUGAUCUGACCACGAUAAUGUCUGAUUUAAGGUUAUACCAAGAUACUUAAAUGAUUCAACACGAUUUAGUGGGCUAUUAUUAAUAAGAAGAUUUAUAUUUUGUAGUUUGGCAUUACUUCCGAAAACCAUAAAUUUGCAUUUAGAAGUGUUAAGAGUUAAACAGUUAGCACCAAACCAACGAGAUAAGUUCUGUAGGUCAGAGUUUAGCUUUUGUUCCAAUUCAAUAAUGGUUUUAGCUGAGCAAAAUAGGACUGUAUCAUCUGCAUACAGGGAAAUGUCACAGUUAUUAACAGUGGAGGGAAUUUCAUUCACAUAAAUGAGAAACAGUAAAGGACCCAGUAUACUUCCUUGGGGUACUCCGACAUGUACUGGUUGAGUGGACGACUGUUCAAGGCCAAUAGAAGUGACUUGAAAACGAUUAGAGAGAUAAGAAGAGAACCAGUUGAUUGUUGCAUGGCUAGAAAUCCAAUACAGUAUGCGGUUUGACCUGCAGGCUAAAUUUACAUAAAUAGCGGAUUUGCAUAAAUUAAUUACUUGGUAUUAAACAUUGCGCCAUUUCGGUUCAUUUCUGCAAGGAGUUGAACGAGUUAAAGAGUCUUGUUCUGGGCAGCACAGCUGAUUUUUAUAGCGAGAACAAGACUAAACGCGGCAGAUAUAUUGUGAAUAUCUAAAGCCAAAAGGUCAAAACUAUAUCCUGCGUACAUUGAGCUUCAUUAGUAUAUGCGAAUGAAGGGCUUGCAAUUGCUAAUUUCCAUUGCAAAUAGCAAUCUAAUAGCGAAAUAUCAUACAUGUUUAAUGCAACAACUCAGCGUAAACACUGUAAAAAUAUAUAAGAAACAAUUUAUAUGUAAAAUGCCUCUUUAUUGACCUUUAUUGAUGAAUUUCGUAAAUUGCGAAAUUUGAUUCCCAACAGAAAAUGUAUAUUUACCAAGCCAAAUUUCAAAUUUUACCGCUUAUUUGCGCUUUUAUUUCUGCAUCCACGAUCAAAUAAACAUUGCAGCGGUAAACACCAUCAAAACCAUAACAACAGUUCUAAAAUGGCGACAAGAAAGCACUGUAUUGCUUCGAUUUUCAUGUCGUGUUACUGUUCAGUGUUUAUGUCGGCGCUUGGUCGAUCGAUUGACAACGACUCUGCGGCACUUAAAUCGCACUUUUUUUAUGGCGUUUGGGAACCUACUUAAAGACGAAGAUACGUACCAAACGUCUUCGCAAAACAAAGAAUAAAUAUUCUCGAGUGUAUUUAGACGUGCACAUUACAGCCAAACCAACUGAUUAUUGCCAAAAUAAAGGCUUACUUUGGCCAACUUUGGCCAAUUAUUGGGAUUUAAUAGACACUUGUAUGGGGAAUAAGAGGUACGAAUCUAUCGAGCUAGGGAACUCAUUUAGCCUUGUCAAUUUGUCGCGAUAUUUGUUCUAGUUAAUAUUUGUGUUAUAUACUGACGUUUUAGACGUGCACAUGUGAGAAUUUGUAAGGUUAUAAAACAAAAAAAAACGAAAUAUAAUUUUUCCUCUAUCAAUUCUAUACAUUGCCGCCAUUUUGAAUUUAUUUAAUUUGCGCUCUGCACGCAUGCUUUUCCGCCAUACUGUAUUGGAUUUCUAGCCAUGGCUGUGAAAAACCAAUAGUGCCAAGUUUCUGUAUGAGACGAUCGUGACUAACCGUGUCGAAAGCCUUCGAAAGAUCUAAGAAAACUGCACCGGCGAUAGAACCUUUGUCUAAAUUAUCCAGAAUGUUGUCAGUGAAGUAGGUGAGAGCAAUUGCCGUGGAGAGUUUAGGGCGGAAUCCAAAUUGUUUCGGGGUCAGGAUAUUUUCAUGAAGUAGAUAGCUAUAGACUUGACAAUGAACAGCUCUUUCAAGUAUAUUCAUUUGUUCUUUAAUUUGUUAUUUCUUUGACUAUUGAUAUAUAAUAAAACACUUAUUUACUGAGACCUCGGGAAAGCAGUGUAUUUUGUGGACCCUCGACCGUCGAUGUUUCAUUCAUCAUGAAACAUCGACGGUCUCGUGUCCACAAAACACACUGUUUCCCUCGGUCUCAGUAAAUAAGUGAUAAAUGGUUGGCUAGUUUACUCAUGAAUUAUUCAUGAGUUUGAGAUUAUAAACGAACGAAGUUAUUUAAUUAAGUAGUAUUGUAUAUAAUUAUAAAAUUGAGUGAUGUCUUAGUAAAAUUUUUGCUGAUAUUCACCACUAUUUGAAACCUAAUCGUUUUUAGUUUUAUAUGAAAUUCACCAUUUGGGUAUUAAUAAUGUAUAACAGUUCAAAAAUAGCGUGACAUGUUUUCUCUCUAAUCCUAAGAUGCAGGAACGACGCAUGCUUGUAUUGUUGAACUUUGAAAAUAUCCUCGCAUUUCAGUAAGAUCCCAGAUUUGAUUUUUCAGCAUCUGUAUUUGGACAUCAUACCAAUCUUUUAACGACUUAGUUCCGGUGGAGGUGAGAUUUGGCGCCAUGCUACUUUGUUUGACUAAAUCUUGUUGCCGAAAAAAUUUAACACGCGCUCAAAAAUAAUAAGCCACUUGCAGUUAUGACUACAUUCAGAAUUCUGAUUUUCUAUAUAUACGUUUCUCAAUCGGCAAAAAAAAUUAAAAAGUGUUUUUAGUGCUUUAUCUGUAAAAUAAUGCUGAAACGAAGAGAUUUUAGAUGGUACGCCAAAGAGAAGAUAUAAUAUCUGAAGUUCAGCAAGUUUUGCUUAUAUUGCUGUUUGAACAAGAGAGUAAAGCUAAAACAAAGCAAUUCUGAGAGGUAUGCCAAAAAGAUUUUCGGUUUUGGACAGAAUUUUUUAGAAAAAAAUUGCAUCUUAAUGAUAUUCCAUCCAUGGGCGGAUAUUGAGGGUAAGUGUGACUGUGUGGGGAGCUGCGCACCUCUCCUGAUAUAGUUUUGCACCUCCCCUGAGAAUUUUUGCACCUCCACAGGCUCCACUGAAGAGUCAUGCACUAGCUCGCCUUGGGAAAGUUUCAAUGACAGAUUAAAGUGAAAAGCUGAAACUUUGACAUUUUUUGGCUGCUUAGGGUCCACACUUUGUAAGAAAGUUUUUCUGUAAAAUUGAAACAGUGAUAGUCAUUCAUUAAUCGGGUGUGUUACCUAUAUAUACAUGAACUUUACGGUUACAGCUCAACAGCUGGCCUCUGUACCUCAGUUGGUUAGAGCGCUGCACCAGAAUCGCAUGGCCGUAGGUUCAAUUCCUACCAGAGGACCUUGUGCUCCAUUUUUCGCAGUCGUUCCUGGUUAGGUCUUGAAAUGUAUAUAUUCUCACUUGGAUUACAAACCCUAACAUUCUAAUAUAGUAAUUCCACCAAGUGAAGUGCAAUAAUCCAAAUCAUUGAAGUCUUUUGGUAUUACUUUAAGUUUAGCGAGAUCCUGACUGCGGAAUAGCCGAUAGGGUUUUGGUAUCACAAACUGUAAAUUUAGCGAGACCUGUGGCCGCGAUAGAGCGGCAUAACUGUAUUUGUUUGUGUAUUAAAGAAAACAUUACAUUUCAUGCUUUAUAUGAAAUAAGUGGUAGCCAAAGGGUCCUAAUGGAACUAUUUACGACAUAGAAAGCUAGGACUUUUUUGGUAUCUGGGUUGCCUGACCGUGAAAUUAUAUUCCGGCCGGAUGUCCAAAGAUUUGUGACUUAAUUGAGUCUUGACAUAUUAAACGAUGUUUGUUGUGAAUUUCCCAGCAUACAACUACACAUUAAAACCAAAACAACGUUUUUGUUCAGUUGUCUUUGAUACUGUACCAGUAGUAUAUUUCACAGGAAAUAUUCAUGGCGAAUUUUUUCGUGUAUUGCUUUAUUUUCAACUUGACUUGUUGCUUUGCCAUACCGCGAACUGGUGACCGUUUAGGUAAGCAUAUUAUACGUCUAGUGAUAUUAGUUGGCCUUCACGGUGACCUUCUAUGUGUAUACGAACAUAAUUUCCAAACAAAAUCAGGAGGCAAAAUUAUGAGGUUUGUUUUAGGACUCCGGUUAUGCCCAUGACCUGGUUUAGACGGCGAGCAUUUCAUGGGCCGAACCUAAUAAAAUCAGUUAAAUACGGCAAAUGAGUUCGCCAACGGAUUUGGAUGUCGGACUUAAUUGUAGGCCAUUGUACAGUGCCAAAAUACACUGACAGUGCAAUAUAUCAGAAUAAAUGUCAGUGCUAAAUUGCUAAUAUAUGAUAAUAAUAUAUGAUAAUGAUUUAAUACAUAAAAAAUAUAUGCAUUUGGCAAAGAAAAACACGGCGUCUAAACGCAUGUUGAACCUGUGUCUCAUAAUACGACAUGACUUGCUGUAUUUUGUACCGUACAUCAAACCUCACCAGAAGUUGCCGAACUUUGUUGAUAAUGUGGACAGAGCAGCACAGGGCGAAUUAAGGCAGACUAACUGACUAGAAAAUAACGGGAUCUAUACUGACAAUGAUUCUGGGAACAGAUAUUUCAGUGUGUAAUGUUUAUGCACAUUAUUGUCGAAUCAUUCGUCGUGACGACUAUAUCAUAUGGUGACUCGUUCCCAGUCGCUCGCGUUGGAUGCUGGAAAUGGGUUAGGUUCCCGUACUAAAAUAUGUUAACGAGGGACUGUGGAAGAGUCAGUAUCAUAUACACAAUAGAUGAUACGUGUUAUCAUCACAGAUGGAAUGGAUUAGGUUAAAAUGCGGAAGCGAAUGCAGAACGGAUGGGGUUAAAAUGCGGAACGGAACGGUAUGGGGUUUAAACAUAGAUAUAGGAGAUCUAGAUUGCUAACGCAUACCUAGCGCAGGCGGGGCCUACAUGAUAAAUCCAAGAUGGCGGUACAACAGGGCAAAAAGACUAUAGAUUCUAUUACGAAAAUCAGGAUUUUUGCAUUUUUUGCCGUCGCAUUGUUUCGAAACUUAUUCGGUCAAAUUUUAUGGUAAAGAGAAACUUGCCGCGAAGAUUUUGAGCACAUAUAUGAUUGAAUUGGAUGAAAAAUCGCAAAAUUAUCCAGCGAUAAAAGUUCGUGUGAAAUGGUCAGUUGGUCAGCGUUUUAUUGCCAGAAAUACUGUGCUAUGUUAACAUCUAGCCUUGUGAAUGGUGUUUUAUACUUGCAUCUCUCAUCAUCAUCUGCUCUGUCCUCAUAAUUAUGAAAAAUGAACUGUUAUGUACCCCCCCCCCCUUGCUUGUUAGAGAAGUAAACUGAUGAGAGCACUGGAUGAGGGUCUAUCAUCUAUGGUCUGUUAUAAUUUGCUUUUUAUGCAAAUAGUGAGCAAAUAUUAAAGCAAAACUGCACAAGUUACAUAUAUAGUACUAUAUCAGUACUAUACACGAACUUUUAUCGAUGGAUAAUUUUGCGAGUUUUCAUCCAAUUCAAUCAUAUAUAUGCUCAAAAUCUUCGCGGUAAGUUUCUCUUUACCAUAAAAUUUGACCGAAUAAGUUUCAAAACAAUGCGACGGCAAAAAAUGCAAAAAUACUGAUUUUCGUAAUAGAAUCUAUAGUCUUUUUGCCCUGUUGUACCGCCAUCUCAAAAUUGGAUUUAUCAUGUAGGCCCCGCCUGCGCUAGGUAUGCGUUAGCAAUCUAGAUCUCCUAUAUCUAUGGGUUUAAAUGCGAAACGGAACGGAUAUGGGGUUAAAAUGCGCCAUUUUAAACUUCACCAAAUAUUUUAACCACAAACUGAGUUUUUUUCGCCUCUUUUUUAACGUUUCUGUGCUUUCGAUUUAUGUUUUUUUUGCAAUGGAAUGCAUGCAACGUCGUAGUGCUUAUUAUUUCUCAUAAAAAUUAGCGUCACACUCUCACAAAUUUUCAGAAGCGGGAGGGCGUUCUUUUUAAAAUUUUUACUCGUUUUUUAAUUUAUAAUAGUGUUUUUAAUAGUAUUUUCUGUCGCUAAAAGUAUCCCGACGAGGAUGCUGAUUCGCUAAACUUAUUUAAUAUGAUUAUUCCCAUCAAUCUUUUAGGGCCCAUAUUGCACAUUUGACUAUUGUCUCAGUCACAACUUUAAUUGAAAUAGUUGAAUAAGAUUAUUAUUGUUAUUAUUAUUAUUAUUAUUAUUAUUAUUAUUAUUAUAUUAUUUAAUUAUUAUUAUUAUUAUUAUUAUUUUAUUUAAUUAUUAUUAUUAUUAUAUUAUUUAAUUAUUAUAUUAUUAUUAUAUUAUUUAUAUUAUUAUUAUUAUAUUAUUAAUAAGAUUAUUAUUGUUAGGAAUAAUAAGCACUACGACGUUGAAUUCCAUUGAAAAAAAACAUAAAUCGAAAAAACAGAAACGUAAAAAGAGGCGAAAAAAGCUCGACUUGUGGUUAAAAUUUUUGGUAAAGUUUAAAAUGACGCAUUUUAUCACCAAAUCCGUUCCGCUCCGCAUUUUAACCCCAUAUCCGUUCCGUUCCGCAUUUUAAUCCCAUAUCCGUUCCGUUCAUCAUUUUAACCCCAUAUCUGUUCCGUUACGCAUUUUAACCCCAUAUCCGUUCCGUUCUGUUCCGCAUUUUAACGCCAACCGUUCCUUUCCGCUUCCGCAUUUUAAUUCACCUAACCCCAGAUGGAGAAUUCUCUUCAUUGUAUCUGCGGUAGUCUUGUGUUUUGGUGGACACAGGGGCGUAGGAAGCAUCGAAAGAUGGGGGGGACCGACUUCCAAGGUAAAAAAAUUCCCGUAAAUGUUGGCGACGGUGGGGUGGGAGGGGGGGGAAGAAAAAUUUCCCCAUCGUACCAUACUGAAAUUGCACGUUUUUGACCAAUUUUUAUUAAAAAGACGUCGAAAUUUCCAAACAAAAAGAGCACCUUUGAUGUUAAUGUAGUAUUUACAGCGACAUUAGCUCGUAGAAAAAGGGCACCGUUAAUGACAAAAAAGUGUACUUUUGAUCCUUGAAAAAAAUGGGGGCGUGCCCCCUUGUGGUUCCUACGCCCCUGGGCGGACAUAAAAGCAUAGAGAUUUGCCUACUGUAACUGUCGAUAUUUCUGAUCACCAUCUACUAUUUCGUUUACUGAACCUUAAACCUGCGUAGCAGUCGCUUUAUUUUUUCGAAGGUUUUGAGGAUUUUUGAAUAAAUGGCGGGUUAGAAGGAAUGGGCGAACAAAAAAGAGGGCCUCAUGUAGUAUUUACAGCGACAUUAGCUUGUACAAAAAGGGCACUGUUAAUGACAAAAAAAGUGUACUUUUGGUCCUUGGAAAAGAUGGGGGCGUGCCCCCUUGUGGUUCCUACGCCCCUGGGCGGACAUAAAAGCACAGAGAUUUGCCUGCUGUAACUCUCGAUAUUUCUGAUCACCAUAACUAUUUCGUUUACUGAACCUUAAACCUGCGUAGCAGUCGCUUUAUUUUUUCGAAGGUUUUGAGGAUUUUUGAAUAAAUGGCGGGUUAGAAGAAAUGGGCGAACAGAAAAAGAGGCCCUCAAAACCUUCAAUAAAAUAAAGAGACUGCUACGCAGGCUAACCGCUGAACCUUUGAAUGAUGAGGGCGUCUCAAUUCUACGAAAACGUUGUCGUCGCAUCAACUGAACCAUGUGUUCUUUACUAGGAAUCUCCACUUUCGCGUACCUUCAAAAGGCUGGUGAUUUGGACACUGGGUGCUUGUUUAAUUCAAUUAAAAACAACACAGUGACGGACACUACCUACACGCCUGAACAAGAACGCUCCUUCUUGCUAGAUCUGUUCUAUGCAACUGGUGGCCGUUGGUCAGUAUGGAAAAAUACAACAGGAUGGGGGGAGGAGAGCAACAUUACUCAUUGCGAAUGGUUUGGUGUAGAAUGUUACAAGAACAGUACUUAUGUAAAAUGGAUAGAUCUUACCGAAAACGGGUUAGAUGGCCAACCGCCAAAUUUCUGGAGAUUUCGGAAUCUGCAAGGGAUAUGUUUGUCUCGUAAUAGACAAAUGACAGGGCAAAUAUCUGAUGUUGUAUCAAGCAAUAUGACCCGGCUUCGACGCCUAUGCCUCUCAUUUACAGGAGUGUAUGGAUCUGUGCCAUGGAAUCUUAUACUACAGCUUUACAAUCUUGAAAUGUUACAGAUAUGUUGCACGCAGCAUACCGGACUAUAUGGCAGCCUACCACAAGAUAUUGGACGAUUAAGCAAACUUCAAAUUUUUAGUAUUGGUGAAAACGAUAUUAAAGAUGUUCAUCUACCAUUGAGCAUCGGAAAGCUAACAAAAUUGUGGUUUUUGGACUUAGAAUAUGUGAGCCUAAGGUCAGGAGAACUGUGGUAUUUCAAUAAUAUGACUCAACUGCAGUACUUACAUCUGACAAAUUGCGGACUAAAAGGAACGCUGCCUAAAGACUUUGGACACACCCAUCCUAAUAUUAUUGACCUACGUCUAUACGGCAAUAAUCUAGAGGGCGAACUACAUUCGUUUUUUCUCGGUUUCAAAAAGAUUACUCAGCUAUCCUUAGGAUCAAAUCUCUACCUACAUGGCUUGCUCCCGAGUGCAUUAAGCAAACUCGAAACGCUCCAGGUACUUGACUUAUCCGGGAAUAAUUUCACAGGUUUUGCCAAAAAUAUGACUUUCAACAAACAGCUACAAACACUGUAUAUUGAUCGAAAUGUCAACCUCAAAAUUGAGGGUAACCUUCUUCUACAAGCAUUACAACCUUGCAAGGAUCAACUGCGCAUGCUGGUCGCACAAAGCUGUGGACUGAAGGGAGAUCUGUCGAAGACACUUUGGAACUUUGACAAAAUUAUGUACAUAGACCUCAGUCAAAACAAUCUGACUGGACACAUCCCGAAAAAUGGUGCUCAGUUCAGUAUGCCUUAUCUAUUCUAUCUCGCUUUAGCAUCGAAUAAUUUGUCAGGCGAUCUAUCUAAGGGCCUUUUCGCGCCUUUAAGGACGCUGACCUACUUGGACAUUAGGGGAAACCGGUAUAUGAAAACCAAGGCCCCUUUGCCAAACGAGUUCUUGAAUGCCACAUUAACGGAGACCUUGCAUAAAGAUACAUUUACUUGCCCGACAUUACGAUUAACAAGCUCAGGCGCGCGCGGGAGAGCUGAUGUAGACCCGGAUUAUUAUGGAUAUAGACUGUGCUUUUGUAACAGAGGAUACUAUGGAUUUAUGAAAUACUGCAAGCCUUGUAUGAAAGGCGCUUCCUGCGAUGUAGAAGCAUCACCCACACAAGUAAUAUUUAAGGAAGUAAUUGAAGUUAAGAUGACCAUUGACAAGGGAUAUUGGCCGUGUUGCGGAAAUUUUACUAACGUUACUCGUAUGGUUAAAUGCAGUUACCAAGGGGAAAAAUUUGAUGAUGAAGUUUGCAGCCCGUCUGGAAAAUGCAAGUGCCAGUUAAACCAACUCAACGGUCAACUACAAACCUCGUGUGAUACGUCAUGUAUAUGUCGCUAUGGCAACCAGGGACGGUUUUGUUCUCAGUGCAAGGAUGGUUACUAA